UCUCUAUAUAAAAGACUUGCGAACGCCAACACGCGAGUUUUGUCGAAAGUAGUAGUUGCUGCUCGACAACGAGCACUCUUGAUUCCGAUCGUCGCACAGGCCAGAUGAAGUUACCCUUUCCGGCCGCCGCCUUAUUUUGCACCCUUCUGCUCGUUCAAAAUGUGAUCGCUGAAGAUGAAAACAAAGCGGAAGACGAAGGCUACUAUGGCAAGCCUCUAGGCGCCCUGAGUGAGCACCAUCACGCAGUCAAAGGUUUCGUUUACGCCGUCGACUCACGAACUCUUCACAUCCGCCACUUUUCUUAUGAUGGACUCGGUCCAGGGGCGUAUUUCUACGCCGGAAACUCAAAAUCACCAAGCGGUUCCGGAUUUCGGUUGCGGGACGAAAGGGGCAGUCCGAAGGUGUUGAGAAAGUACAACGACGAGCACAUCACUUUGUCCCUACCCGAGGGCAAAACCUUGAACAGCAUCAAGUGGUUCUCCGUCUGGUGCGAGGAUUUCUCGGUGAACUUUGGAGAUGUUAGGAUCCCGAAAGGUUUCCAGUACCCGAAACCGCUCAAACUGGGCUCUCUGUCCGGAAUCCACCACGUCUCAUCCGACCCUGUGGUCAUUGUUGACGCUCAAACCUUCCUUGUGCCAAACUUCUCUUAUGACGGAGAAGCUCCAGAUGCGAAAUUCUGGGUUGGAAGUGGAGAAAAACCAACGUCUCAGGGCAUCAAGGUUGCCGACGAAAACGGCCACUUUGAGCCUUUGGGCAAAUACGACGGCAAAACCCUGGUCAUCACCCUGCCCGGCGGCCUCACCGUCCACGAAAUCGGUCACUUUGGUGUGUGGUGCGAGGCUUUCGCGGUCGAUUUCGGCCACGUGGAGAUUCCCGCCUCGGCCGCAGUGCCUCCUUCGCUCAGGAUGCUCGGAGUUGCACCUCAGUCGAGAUUGAACUGCGAAGUUCUGCACAAACCGCUGGAAUUUGAGGUGCGCUGGGCCAUUGCUGGGGAGAGCGCCGUGAUUCAGUUGGUCGGGAAAGUCGAAACUGGAGAUUACAUGUCAUUUGGUCUCUCCGGCGACGACACCAAGACCAAAAUGAUAGGUGGUGACGCCGUCGUGGCGUGGAUCGACCCUGAGGACAAUCAAGGCUACGCCGUCGACUACUACUUGGAAGGGAAAUCGCAAUGUGCCGGUUCCAGAGGCAGCUGUCCUGACACAAAACUCAAAGUGAGAACCAAUUUGUCAAAAGAAAAUUUUAACAAAAUAUCCAAUCAGGAAGGAACUGAGAGCAUCAGACUGCUGAAUUCUGCCCUGGUCAACGGAUACUCCAUCGUCACCUAUCAGCGAUCGCUCAAAGGUGCCGACGAUUUGGACAGGCCCAUUUUCAACAACGGCACCGAACAGGCCAUCAUCUGGGGCGUCGGACCUCUUAACUCGAAAAAGGAAGUUUCCUUCCAUUCGGCUUACCCGAAAGGCAAUGUGAAGCUCAAUUUCACACGCGUUCCUGAGUGGAACUGCCCGCAACCUGAAGACGGCACUCAUUCGUCUGCAAUGUCCAAUUUGGAGAAAGAGAUGAGUUCACCCGUCGCUGCUGCGACCCCGAAACCAGUCGAGGCGCCUAAAGAUGCCUGGUCCAUUCCUCCGAUUCCGUGCUACGAACCUGACGAUGGAGUUUUCUACGCCCAGAUGGGCCCAACUGGCGGAAAGAGGGGAUAUUCGGCAAUUACCGGUCAUGUUGGUUGGGGAAUUUCCUGGUUCAUCAACGGACUGCUCAUUCCUGAAAUCAACGUGGUCAGGGGGAAAAGCUACACGUUUGUCGUGGAAGGGGGUGACAACCCUGAAAUACCCGCCAGGUACCACCCCUUCUACAUCACUGAUGAUCCUGUUGGAGGCUACGAGCACAAAACCGCCCAGGAGAGAAAGGCUGUGAAAGUUUACGCUGGGGUCAAAUUCGACAAGAGGGGCAGGGCCACCCCUACCGGAACUGGUCGCCUGUGCAACUGGACACCCGAUCCGAAUCACUCGGCGGACGACAGUCCUUCCUUCGGUGCCUAUCAGCAAACUUUGAAACUGGAAUGUGACCCCGGUGAACCUGGAAUUCUCAGGUGGACACCUGACAAGGACACUCCGGACACCAUCUACUACCAGUGUUUCACCCACCGGUACCUGGGCUGGAAGAUCAAUGUCGUUGACAGCUGCGACGAGCAGCCAUCUUCAGACGACCUUCCUGAAGACUCAAUCGACCGCCACGGAACGUCCGACGACCACGAAGAAGCGGCCAGCGUGAAUUUCGAAACCAGAGUCAAAGUUCCUGUGGGGGAGAAAAUCGAGACGCCGUCUCUGUCCGCCGCCCACGAUCUUUUUCCUCCGUCCGCCGCUCAGGUCUCGUACGUGAGCAGCCUGACCUCCCGCGGAGACGAAAUUGCCAAAAACGCCGACGCGUCCAAAGAGCACCCGGACUUCGAAAGCCCCAAACACACCGAAACCCUGGAGCCCAUGUUUGUGGCGUCGCCUGUCGACCGCAACAUCAAAGAGACUCCCAGGGUGCACAACUUCCGUCCGCAGGUCAACAAGGGCAAGCACUUCAUCAGAAGGGCGCCGCCCCAAAGACUCCGCUACCCUCCCACCACGCAGAAAAGGGCUGCUCCCUACUACAGACGCCCGCACCACCACCUCUACUGAUCAGUAGGUUUUACUUGAAAAUCGUCGUUUGAGAAAAGACUAGAUUUUUUUUUUUUAAUUUAGACUAAAUGAAAAAAAUUACCAAAUUUAAACAAGUUUUUUCCAAAGGAAAUGUUUUUAAUAUUUUUUUAAACUUUCGCACACAAAAGAAAUUAAAAGGACUGUUUCUUCUAAUUUUUAUUUGCUUUGGAAAAAUUUUAAAAUUGAAAUUGUCGUAGUCAAAAAUUAUAUCAUUUAUUUUAAGAACGCUAACGCAACAAUUAAGGCUUACCAUUCUCACUAAUGUGCAAAUGAGAUUAAAAUUAUAUUUUGAAAGUUGGGUCAAAAAAGUUAUUAUUUAAUGAAUGUAAGUGAUCUUGACAAGUUUUUCUUUGCCUAAAAAUUAUAUUAAAUAAAUUUGUCACCAAAAUAAAGUUUUGUCUU